AUGGGGAACCAACCCAGUAGCACGAAUCACAACAAGCUUUCCAAACCGAAGACCAACACCAAUUCCGCAAGUGGAGGUGCAAAGGUCGACUCACCGCAGCCCAUAACUUCGCGACCGGCAGACCUCAGCCCUGAGGGGCGCCAGCAAAUCAAAGACGCCCUGCUUUCACCUACUGCCACCGAAUUCGACCCCAACAUCUGGAUGCACAACGAUGAUGGUUUAGGGGAGAUUGCGAAGACGCGUGGUCGUGCAUCGACAGUCGCUUCAAGAUCAAACUCGCGAACCAACUCCAGGACCAAUUCACGAUCGAAUUCAUUGUCGUGUUUUGGAAGUAAACAAGGCUCCGCAGCUCAGCUUGCUGGUCUGGCGGAUUCAAAGCUGUCUUUGGCUUCUGUGUCACAUGUCGAUAUCGCUGAGGCAAUUCGACUUCUACAACAAGUCAAAAAGAAUGGUACGCCAGAAGAACUUGCGGCGCUGCAAGAAGUGUUAGAAGCACCUGAAGAGCAUGCACUGCCAGUGGCUGAGGCACCCGUAAGUCGAAGAACUUCGUUAGUUGACAGGUCUUCUUCUUCGCUCACACGUCGACAAUCAAUCAUCCAGACGCCUGGAGUAGGCACCAGACAUUCACCAGUUGAAGGGCGCCGCAGGACGUGGAACUCGUGGAAAGCUCCCAAGCUCGAUGCCGAAGAAGAGGCAAAAUGGCAGUCCAAGCCAAAGGGAAACUCUCACUUGGCCCCUCAGACAGUGCUUCGUUUGUCUGACGAAGCUCGUGAGUCCACUACUGCUCGAGCCGUUACACCCUCGGAGCAGGACUAUGCGCAUCUGGGAAGCUUGAAGCUAGGAACUCUUGUAGUCACGAAUGGUGCAGCAUCGCCCGUACCCAGCACAAGAGCUCUUGAAGGGCAAAAGUCAGUGGACGAUGACUACUUCUCAGCAACGGAGGCCAGCUCCAGUCCACUGAUUAUGAAGUCCACACGUCGACGGGCCCAUACAAGGAGCAAGUCAGCUGUUGUCCCAACGCCUUCCCCGCUCUACGAACUGGAAGCAAACGAAAUGCCCACUCCUUACGAUCCAGAAAUUACGGCUAGUGGUGUUGCAGCUGAGUCGGUCUCUUGUCCAAGGGAGCCAAACCCGGUUACCGAAGACGAGUCUCAGAAGUCCCAUCAACAUUCGCACCAGCGCAAGCAGAGCGCAUCUGAAAUUGCAGAGAGCUACCAAGCUGACAUACCAUUAAGUCCUUUCUUCGCAUCCGAGGAAACUGCUAUGUUCUUCCGGCCAGAAAACAGUGAUUCGGCUGAUAUAAUGAGAACUCCUCGCAGUGUCAGGGAGACUGCCGUUGAAGAACCCAAGCCUCAGCCUGAGAUCAAAGUUUCGAAUCCUUCUGCAACAUCAAAUGCGCUCACUGCGCCGAAACCAAAGAGCAAGGCUAAUCAGAGACCACCACCACGAACAACUGAUUCUGGUUACUCAUCCGCUGUGAGUCUCAGGAAAAUGGGUCAAGAACAAUCGGAGAACGCUACCUCGAUCCUAUGUCAUCGGUGUAGCGAUUCUCCCCAGAUGGUCGAUGCAAGCCAGGAACAAGGAACUCGACGUUCUGUCCUUGCAAAGAAGAGUCACCAGGACGCCGACCUGUCGUCUGCGAACAGUGACUCUGAUGGACACUCACCAGCUCGAGCUACACAGCACGCACAGAUGGCCCGACAUGUACCAGCGCUGAACAGCCCAGUUCCGUCUACGAGUUCUUCUGCCAGGUCUUCGGCGUCGGAGUCUCUGGACUCACCCAACACGCCUAGAUCUCUUGGUUCGCGAGCAUCGUUCGACAGUGCAUCUUCGAAGUCGCAGAAGCGUUUCCGUAAGCGACGUCAGUCACAGCCGGAGCACCCAGUUGUUCAGUCCUGCCAGCCAAUUCCAGAAGGGACAAUCCCUGAGGUGCCAACCAAGGUGCGUGCCAAGUUUGAACGACGCGUAUCGAACACUCCAGGAAUCGAUUGCUUGACGCACACGUAUCCAACAAAGGAACACGUUGUCGCAGACGAGCCUGCUGAUCACGGCCCUGAUCACGGCCAAACCGAAUUCAAGCAGUUGGCUGAGUUGGAGCCAGAGCGACCACCUACGCCCCCUGCUCAUGGUCGUCGAAGGAGUCUAUCAUUCUUCCGGAGAAAGUCUUCAUCUGGAAAGAACCAGGUUGAGAAAGAACCCGAGCAUGCCGCACUCGACGUGGUUCAUCUGGGUACUAUCACCACGUCUCUUGGUAAUUCCCCGUAUGAUAUUGCCAUGCCCGACACUCGCAGGGAGAGCGUGAGUUCUCCUACCCACCCGCACCAACUUGGCAAUUCCUUGCCCCGAGCAAAGUCUAUGGUGAGCAUGGAUAGCAAGGCUGCGGCGGAGUUUGCGCGCCUUCAUAGCAAGGAUCUAUCAGUCGCUGGACGGAAGCCACCUCCCCAGCAACGACGAAAAAGCUACCACAGUCUGCACAGGGAAUCCGGCGAGGCCACUGCUUCGAAGCUUCGCCCGCAGAGCGUCGAUGUGCCACCGGUGCCCUCCAUCGACACUACCAGGCUUACCGUUCCGAAACCUGUUAAGCCUCAGGGACCCCGGGCUGCUCCCAGCAUGAGUUCUCGCAGCCAGAGAAUGUCCCAGCCUGUGGGCAAAUACGACUCACCCCCGCAGAGGCUUUCGCAGACUCCCGUGAACUGGGAGACGCACUCGCAGAUCUGGAAGCAGCGCCGUAGGACUUUGGGAGAACUCGAGACGACUCCUCAAAGAAGCCCCCAGACAACUCCACCAAAACAAGCCAAGGCUCCCAACAACAUAUCGAAAUGGGAUCGGUUCAGUGGGGGGUUGGAGUACAACUACGAACGCGGGGCAGGCAUCGGAGGCAGCGCAGGUACGCGAUCUCUCCACAGCCACGCAUCGGUCAAGUCGCUGCACUACCAGCACCAAUACGGCGUGGACCUUUCCGAUGUCCCAAUCAUGAUUCACUACCAGUCCUGA